AUGUACUUCUGGCGAUCAUUAUCCAUACUACUGGUCGCCGCACUAGCCGCUGCGCAAUCACCCUCAUUCGACUUCGAGACCCUCCAGACCCUCCAGUCAGACCAAGGCGAUCUAUGUCUUGGCCUCGCCGAACAGCUUUCCUCUCUACGAGUCGAAUAUGAGUCGUUCGCACCGAGCGUUUCGGGCUCUUCGGCCAACUCGCUGAAAAGGGAAUACGAGAGGCUUUGGGAUGCAGGAAGCCAGAUACAGCGCAUCUGCAAUGAGAUCUCGCGCAUUCAACAGAAGAUGGAAAACAGCUAG